AUGGAGAAGGCAAUUAAAGAACGCGUCGAGAAAUGGAAAAAGGAAAACUCCGCUGAUGGAAAGGAGGCGACGAACGAAAACGCAUAUGAGAACCUGACGGAGCUAAUCCUGGACGGAAAAAAGUUUAGUGCAAUAAAAAGCGAAGACGUAGAGUUGCUAAACAAAUUUACUCAUCUAGAAAAACUAAGUCUGAAUCAAACGGGAAUACAAACCUUGGAGAAUCUACCAAAAAUGGAAACCCUGAAUGUGUUAGAGUUAACGGACAACCACCUAAGCACAGUAGAUGUUUUGAAGUACAUUGUGGAGACAUUCCCUAAUAUAAAAACACUAGAAAUUGGAGGAAACCACUUUAAAAAUAUAAAAGAUUUUGAAGUCUUGAAGGAUUUAAAAAGCUUAAGUCGUUUAGGUGUGCAGUUUAACCCAUUUGCAGAUGACCCCAACUAUCGCAAAGAAUUAUUUACCUUCCUACCAGACAUUAAAAUAAUAGACUGUUACAACAAGGAAGGAGUGGAAGUUUUAAGCUCCGAUGAAGAAGAAGAUGAAGAAUAUGAAGAAGACAAUACACUCAAAAAUUUUUAUGAAGCUGAUUUUAAGGAAGAAGAUGAAGAGGAAGAUGAAGAAUUUGUUCCUAAUGACAAUGAAGAUGAAGAAGAUGAUGAACUGGAUGAUGACUUGGAGGAUGAAGAGUUGGAUGAUUUAGGGAAAGAAGAUUUAGAUAAGGAGGAUUUAGAUGUGGAGACAAAAGAUACUGAAGAUCCUCAGAAGGAAGAAAAAACGAAUAAGAGAAAACAAAGCGCUGUGGAAACUACUGAUGAAACGGAUGCCAAGAAGACAAAAAUUGAGUAG